GAAUGGUUAUAGUUUACGUUGUCUGUGCCCGGAAUAAAUCCUUUUUGGGAUUUAGUGCGUUUGCGGUGGCACUAAAAUGGCCUAUUGGCUAACCGUGCGGGUGCUUUUACGAUAUUUUUGAAUUAAGGUAGAUAGUGCCGGUUUGCAAACGAUUUUAUUUUUGACUCGACCCGGGAAACUAUCGUGUUAUCGAUCGGCUGGUACACCACCAUUCGCCAACCAUGAGCGAUCAAGAUGACCCACUGUCGGCGGCAUGUCAGCAGCAGCAGCAGCAGCAACAGCAGCAACAGUUGCCGGUACAAACAACACCCCGCAGUUCACUCGGGUCCGGAGCGCUCUCUUAUAGCAACUCCUCCAUCUCACCCUCGACUAGUUCGAGCAGCUCGCAAGGGUCUGCCAAGUCAGCCGUCAGUGAAUGCCUUGGAGCAUGGCUCAAUUACUUGCAAAUCAUGAACAAUCUCUGUGCGGCCGGAUACCGACUGGCGCAAACCAUCGCUGCUCUCGAGCCGUGGGCGUACUUCGACCAACCAUCCGGAACCGGCGGUCAAGCUGGGACAGGGUCGACUACGGGUGUGAAUGUGUCCGGCGCUGCUGGGACCGGUGGGCCGCAGGCACAGCCACCGCCCCAAUCGCAGCAGAUUCCGCAGUUACCUUUCGUCACCUCACAGAUUCCGUCGCAUAUGGCAUUUCAAUUCAUCACGGCCUGGGAUGAGCUUGCGCGGGCUUCCGUUAUGGCGACCAGCACGGUUAAAUCGCACAUCGUUAGUGUGCUUCAGGAUUUUAAAACGCAACCUCUAGCCACGGUUGAGCAGGAAAGUGAACUGUUACAUAUCAAGGAAUACAACCAACUCAUCCUGCAGGAUAACGCACAAACGAUGAUCAACCUACAGCAUCAGUUCUGCGUAGCGUCAUGCGAUGCUUUCGCUCAGCUUAUGUGCUGCUACCAGUGCCAAACGCAGGUUGGCUUUCCACACGAUCCCGAUUGCCCAAUGAUGCAGCAUCCGAUGUCGGCCGCGGCAACAAUUGCUCGGACUGGCGGUGGCGGUGGAGGCGUCGAGCAACGUUCGCAAACUCCCUCGCCUCACUUUGGGCUUAAAAUGCAGGAAAACGCUCGGCUUUAUGACCGUACUGGUUCCAUUUCAACGCAAGGGUCCUCCUCUGAUCACGGCACGACGGCGUACGAACAAACCCGCGGUCCAUCGCCGCACGACAUCCGCGGUCCAAGCCCGAUCCAGGGUUACCUCGACAACAUCCGAGGACCCUUGCCCAACCCGGGCCAUCUGUCCGGCAUGAAGGCACCGUUCUAUCGUGGUUCACGCUCACCGCUCAAUUUUCCACUCUUCACACUGAAUGGUCAGCGCCGUUGGUCGGAAGCGGCCGCCGGGGAAGUCAACUCCGAGGCGGCUCUCGAUCCCGAAAGUCAAAUGCGCCGCUGGUCGAUGCCGUGGGAAGCGAAGGCGGAUAAAACCACGGUACACUGGAACCAAACGCGACUGAUGCCGAUCUCGAAGCUCGCCGUACCGGCCACUUCCGCCGGAUCGGGGCCGGCGGCCAAAUCGUCCCUGGGCGAUCGAAGCCAAAGCACAACACCCGACUCGACCUGGCACUCGUCGAUCACUAGCCAGGAUGGGCUGGUGGAAGCGAUACAGCUGCUCUCCUGCCGACCAAUCCAUCGACUGCAACCGAUGAUGAUGAUGCCACCGCCAAACAUAGGCCCACCGUUCGUCGAAGAACCUUCGGGGGUGCAGCAGCAAGAAUCUCAACCGCAUAGCAUGGCAAACCAGACGGGACUGUACGGCAUCUGGACGCAACAGAACCCACCGAGUACCAUUCUGCGGCAAUCGACUGCCACGAUACAGGACCGGAUGGGACCGACGCCACUCAUGAACUACAUUCGCGAGCAGGACUCGUCGAUCGACGAGAGUCCCCCGAAUAACUGAAUAUCCCUACUACUAAUCAUCGUGACGUAGACAUCAUUCAUUAUUCAUCAUGUAAUCAAUGUACCCCCGCCGUACAAGUACCAAAGCAUCAUACAACUUCAUACCAAAACUCAUAGGCGAUAUUUGAACGAAUUUUGUACGUAGAAUCGAUAUGCGGUAGCAAUAUACUAACCGACUCAUCCGACUAAGGCUGGUGUCAUUGCUUUACCGCACGAUCUUUUGACAGACGAAAAUGUAUGGGAUUUGACAGCUGCAAGGUUCGCACGAUUUCUUCGCACGACAAAAUCAAAAUCAUUUGAUUUUAUCGGAUGGACGCAUCCGAUUUUAUCUGUCAACAAAGUUGGACUUUAUAAAC